CUUGAGUUCAGCCUGGAACAUGUCUUCUUGUCUUCAAGUUGGAGCAUCAUCAAGUCCUUUAAACAUAAAUCAAAUUGGUAUUCUUUCAAACGAGAAAGGAUUAUUAGCUAUAUACAAAAACGGGUCAGCAACCUCCUUCCUAGAACUAGACCUCGAAACCUUCUCUCUCAGGACCAGUUUCUCUAUCGGAUGUGGGAACCCUUUGAACACAGGACCAUGCACUACGAUGAGUGAUGCUAAGAUUAGUAGCGGUGAAGACUCGAAGACUUAUUAUGCUAUUUAUACAGAAGAUGGGUCCAGAGUGGCUUUAGUUAAAAUCAUAAUCAGUAGAGAUGACCCAGACCAAAUCCAAGCAAUUAGCCAUGAUUAUUUGAGUUCGAUAUCAACCGCACACCAAAUACUUUUAUUGGAGUAA